AUGCCCACCAUCAUCGACGGUCGCGUCUCCCACCGCCCCUACACCCGCUCCGAGACAGCGGCCCGCAUAGCCCACCUCCUCCACAACCCCCACCUCCUCACUGUGCGUGAGGUCGUCUGCGGCAUCUACCUCCUCUACGUCGCCUACCUCGCCCUCCUCACCCUCCUGAGCAUCGGCUUCCUCAUCUUCGAGGCCGACGGCCGCGAGAUGUGGUGCCCCGCGGACCCGCCCGUACCGGCCUGGUAUCCGCCUGGGUGGAAGGUGGAGAUGAGCCGUUGGGACUGCUUCCGGGUGCUGCGGUGGAUGGUGUUGAGGAGGGUUUGGGCGCUGGCGUACGAGCUUUUCGCGUGGGGUUUUGUAGGUGCUCUGGGGGCCUUUGUGGUUGAGGAGGGGAUUAGGCGGGCGAGAGGGAGGUAG